UAUGGCUAUAGCGAGUAUUCGAGCUGUCAAAUAAAACCUGUUCUCGAGCGCCGUGUGAACUCUCGGGAAGAUAUACGUCUCAUGAGUGUCAAACUGCAGCAAAAUACGAUUACCUUGUUCAAUUAAAUCGCGAUUAACGCGCACGAGAUGUAUCGGUGGCGUGCGUCACGCGCAAUCGAGAGAGAUUUAUUGCGAUGUAAGCUAGGUUACAUCACGAGACUCGAUGAGUAAAGUGAAGAACUUGUAGCGCAGAAUCGCGCGCGUUUAUUUCCCAGUGUUGUUUUGCAUGUAGAAUGGCUCGUACUUCUAUAUCGGCGCAAUGCGAUUUGGUCGCGUCGUACAUGGAUGGGGUUCACGUCAAAAUCGCAGAGGCCUACAAACCACCGAGGAAGAUCGGUCUACCCGCGGCGUACAACAAUCGUUUGCCUGACGUGUCGAAGAUGAUGUACGAUUUCAGUCUGGAGAAAUCGGUACUCGAGAAGAUGUACGAGUGGCGUAAGGCUAGACAGUCCAGCAACAAGGCACGUCAAGCUCGCUUAGAAGAGAAAAGGAGAAAAGAGAAGGAAGAGAGCCCUCCGUCACCUCCAUCUCUCUCGCCUGAUUGUAUGAAACAACUACCUAUUAGUACAGCACCUGCUCCGGAGACAACAAUACUCAAACCGCAACCUUUGUCACCUUCCAAUGAUCUUCAUGAUCUUCAGGAUCAUAUGAAGAUCAAUGGAGGUCUGGAUUUUGCUGAUUUUGAUAACGACACAAGCAGUCCUUUUGACAAUAUGGAAUUGAAAACCAUCAACGAUAUGGAAGAAUUGGCACAGGUCUUACAACCUACUUCACAAUGGAUACCAGCAGGAAAAUUGGAGAAUAUUAUAAAUGAAUUAACAAUGGACGAAAUUACAGAAAUUCAUAAGGAAGAAAAAGUUGAUGAGAUGAAAAAUCAAGUGGACAGUCAAACUGAUACAGAUACACAUACCGAUGUUGAGAACCACCGCAGUGUUUCAGUAAUAAUGCAAGAACUUCAAAAGGAACUAGAACGGCCUGUUAUGGAGAAUUGGAAGCCGUGGCCUGAUUUAGAAAGUCCAGAUAGCGAUACGUGUGCAACUCCAAAGCGUGAAGCAACAUCACCGAAUCACGCAAAGUCGCCAGUGGACUUGUUAUCGGGCAUGACGGAAGAUGAUCGAAAGUUGGUCAUGCAGUUAGGUGAUAUGGGAUUUUCCAUAAGUAGAGCAACACGUGCGGUCUUGAAAUUAGGUCGGGUACAUGAAAAGAAGAUCGUAGAAUUUUUAUUGGCCGUCCAAUCUUUAGAGGAAAGUGGUAUUCCAGGUGAUUAUGCCGAGAAAGCGCUUAUGCUCACGCAACAUGAUCAAUACAAAGCAAAACUGUACUACGAAAAUUUACGUACAUUAAAAGAUUUAGGAUUUCCCGAAGAUGAAGCUUCAGAGACUUUAGUAAAGUGUAAUUUCGAUCGUGAUAAAGCAUUAGAUCUUCUGAUCGCUGAGUAAACGAUAGUCAUCCCUCAAAAAAAAAUUUAAACUAAAAUAUUUUUUGUAAUUUAAUUUUAUGUAGAAAAAAAAUGUGUGCAAGUAAACAUUGAAAUUUUAUAUAUUGCACCGAGAAAGAGGGAAUAUACAUUUGCAUUAAAAAAUGAAUAAUAACGUAUAUAUUUUAAUAAUAAAAAGAUAGUAUUCAAUGAGGCUAGUCUUGACUAAUGAAACCUAAACAAAGCUAUAUUUAAUAGUGUAUUUGUGUAAUAUUUUACAUCAAUAUAAUUUCUCGUGUCUGUGUUAUAUUAUGGAAUUU